AUGGACCACCCCCCGCGCCACGGCCUCCCGCCGUCCUCCUCCUCCUCCUCCUCCGGCGCUGCCGCGGCGGCGCCGGCGACCUCGCCGGAGUUCUUGCUGCCGCCGAGCCGCCUCCCGCUGGAGGACAUCCUCUUCUGCGUCGACGUGGACGCCGAGGCGCGCUCCGAGAUGAAGGUCGCCGCCGCGUCCGCGUCCCCCGCCUCCUCCGGCUCCACCGGCUCCCCCGGCCCCGGCGCGCUCAUGGAUCCGGCGGCGCCCCCCCGCCCCGCGCGCCCGGCGGUGCGGCGGAUGGACGCCGUCAAGCAGGCGCUCAUGCUCUUCCUCCACAGCAAGCUCACCAUGUGCCCCGACCACCGCUUCGCCUUCGCCUCCCUCCGCGACACCGUCUCCUUGAUAAGCAAAGAAUUCACCAGUGAUGCUGCUUCUUCAAUUGAUACAAUCCGGUCGUUGGCUGCUACUGAAACGAGAUAUGCAGUGGCUGAUCUCACUCAUCUCUUCAAGAUAGCGUACGAGGAAGGGAAAAGGGCAGAAACGCAAGGGCGACUACUUAGAGUGGUGCUCAUCUACUGCCGGUCCUCAACCAAGCCCCACCAUCUGUGGCCCGUAAAGCCAAAGAACUUCACCAUGGACAUAGUCUAUCUGCACGACAAGCCUACUGCUGAUAACUGCCCACAAAAUGUGUAUGACGCGCUGGUUGAUGCCCUCGAGCAUGUCAGCCAGUACGAGGGCUACAUUCUUGAGAGCGGCCAAGGGCUUGCCCGGGUCCUGUUCCGCCAGAUAUGCAUCAUCUUAUCACACCCCUUGCUACGCUGCAUGCAAGAUGACCUUGAUAUACCCAAGCAAGUUGUUAAGAAAAUUCUGGCCAUUGAAGGUGUGCAGAGCGAAGAUGGCGCUCCGGCCUCCGGCAGCCAGUAG